GCGAGAGAGGUUAUAAUUAAUUAAGAUGUGACAUAUUACAUGUAUAUAGUACGCUUGAAACUGUUAUACGCUUUAAUAAAGAUAAAUGCUUAUACGUUAAGUCAACUUUCUGUCUAUUUCUUGCUUUAAAGAUCGAAAUAAACGACGUUCGAAGUAAUUGGUAUGAGUUUCCUUUUUGACUUCAUACGGAACGUGUUUUUGACAAUGUUACAAUUAAUUUGGUUUAGUAAACGAAAAGUAACAAAUUUGUUAAGUAUAUAUGUGAAAACAAAUACGGGACGCACAAUUGCCGUCGAUUUAGAUCCAAAAUGGGACAUAAAAAAUGUAAAAGAAAUAAUAGCAUCACGAAUGGGAAUAUCACCUGAAGAUAUAAAAAUAAUAUUUGCAGGUAAAGAACUCCAUAAUUCAACAAUAAUAGAGGAGUGUGAUUUAGGCCAACAAAGUAUCUUACAUGCGAUUCGGACUCAGUCCCACAAGCUUAAUAAAAGCAGGGACACAACAGCUACCAUCGAAGAAUUAUCAGAAUCAUCUGAAUUAAAUGAGAGCGGUGGGAAACCAAUGAAUGAAACUCUUACAGAUUUACCUUUUGAUGAAUCAGAUACGCAAGAAAAUUCAUCCUUGGAAGAGAAAAAAGAGAAUAGAGCUCAUUUUUUUGUAUAUUGUUCAACACCAUGCAGAGCUGUCACGGUUGGAAAAUUGCGGGUAAAAUGUGCAACCUGCAACAGUGGAGCAGUUACUGUAGACAGAGAUCCUCAAAGCUGGCUAGAUGUAUUACAACCACAGAGAAUAACUGUUCACUGUGAAAAUGAUUUUUGUACUGCACCUAAAUUGAUUUCUGAUGAUACAGAAUCUCAAGUUCUGUAUGCACGUUUCUAUUUUAAAUGUGGAAAACAUGCUAGUCUAGGGGAAGAAGAUGAAGCUGUUCCUCUUUAUCUUGUCAAACCAAAUUUAAGGAAGAUACCUUGUCUCGCAUGUACAGAUAUUGGAGACAUGGUGUUAGUUUUCCCGUGUGAGGCAGGCCAUGUAACUUGCCUUGACUGCUUCAGAGAUUAUUGCUCAGUUCGUUUAAGAGAACGUCAAUUUCAGUUUGAUGAAACUAGAGGAUAUUAUACUCUGCCAUGUCCAGCAGGAUGCCCAGAUUCUUUUAUACCAGAGGUCCAUCAUUUUCACCUCCUGACUCCAGAACAGUAUGAACAAUACCAAAGAUUUAGUACAGAAGAAUAUGUUUUACGUGCUGGUGGACUUUUGUGUCCAAGACCAGAUUGUGGUAUGGGUAUUAUACCAGCAUCUCCAGAUGAUGGCAGUAACGACGAAUGCAGAAGAAUUCAAUGCAUUGGUGGUUGUGGGUAUGUCUUUUGUAGAAGAUGUUUACAAGGUUUCCAUCUAGGGGAGUGUGAAUUGCAACCAUCUGAAUCUCUCAAUGGACCACAGAAAUCUGGAUAUUCUGUUGAUCCUGAAAGAGCUAAAGAUGCAAAAUGGGAUGAAGCUAGUAAAAAAACUAUACAAAUUUCAACGAAACCGUGCCCGAAAUGUAGGACACCAACAGAAAGAGAUGGUGGAUGUAUGCACAUGGUUUGCACCAGAGCAGGAUGUGGUUAUCAUUGGUGUUGGGUGUGUCAGACCGAAUGGAAUAGAGAUUGCAUGGGCAAUCAUUGGUUCGGUUAAUGUAUAAUCUUGUGUACAAUUAUCUUCAGUUUGUAUAAAUGUAUAGAAGUUUAAAAAAAUUUCAUUAAGAAGUAGAUAUUAUUUAUGAUAUUAUGUGCAAAGGAAUUGGAUAGGAUCUGGAUACUUCCUGAAAUGAAAAAUAUUUUAAUAUAUACAUUUUCAGUGUACCAUUUUGUAAUUAUAUAAAUCAUUGAUUUAUUAAAAUUUUUUGUAAUUGUAAAUUGUCGCUACGAUCAAAUUAAAUUAUUUCCUGUACACGUACAGUUACAAGUUUAUAUUUGUAUAUAAACUUUUAGAAAGUUCUUACGAACAAAAUGUGAAAGUGCCUUCAUUGCUUUCAGUGUAAAAAAGAGAAGCUGAAUAGGUAUGAGCAUCUGUCUAUGAAUAAAUUAUUGUACAUCUAUGAGCAAA